AUUUCCCUAAAUUAGAUCCACAAAACUAACUUCCCUCCCUACCCGAAACCCUCGCCGACCUCUCUCCCUCCCCUCUCUGCCGGUUCCGCCCAUAAGCAUCGCCUUCCUGACCGAACGCUCGCGAUACUGUAGCGGUUAGAGCUAGCUGGGAAGGCAACCACAGGAUUGCGGCGCACGAAGGCCUCCGCAACUCCCAUCGUUCUCUUUCUUCCGUUCCGCUCCUACCAGAAACCAUUGAGGAAGGCAAUUCCGUGAGGACGAUCUUUAUUUUCCCCAAAAUAUAAAUAAAGGGUCACUAAUCAAGGCUUAGUUGUAUUAAUGUCACGCUUCAGGAAUGUGGCUCUUGCAACAGGGUUAUUAGCCUUCGCAGCUGGUGGUCUAGCAUUUCCAUUCUGGAUUGCGACAUCAAAGGCUAAGCCAGUAAUCGAUUCAUCAAAGCCUCUGCCACCUCAGGCCACUUUCAGAGGGCCUUAUAUAAACUCUGGUUCUUGUGAUAUUGGUCCAGACCCCACAACUUAUCCAAAAACUUGAUUGUUUGGGGGGCAUUUACAUGCAUGCCACAGAACUCUUAUAUAUUUGCAUAUC